GGCUGACGCAUCACAAAAACCAUCGCCCAAAAUUUUAUCCAAAUACAAAAUAUGAAAGUAAAAACAAAUUGUGAAAACGUUUUUUAGAGUUAAAAAAUUCUUACCAUUAAAAUAUAUCGAUGACAUUUUAACCAGUCGAUAAUUUUUUAUGCGUUAAAAGUGAAAGUUUAAAAUAGAACUUUAAAAACGUGUUUGUUUUCCUCAACCGGUUCAAAGGAAUAAGAUGUGGAAAGCUGCUACUAAUGUGAAGGCGCCAGAGCCUGCUGAAGCAGAUGAUUGGGAAACUGAUCCCGACUAUGUUAAUGAUGUCAGUGAACAGGAACAAAGAUGGGGGCCCGCCGGAAGGAAUGUUGAGGCAAUUGACAUGGCAAAAUUACGUGAAGAGGUAUUUGAAGCUGACAAAUUAGCCAAGAAGAAACAGUAUGAGGCUGGACCGAAACCUUCAUUUGGAUAUGGUGGCAAAUUCGGUGUGCAAGCUGACCGCAUGGACAAAUCAGCCGUUGGACACGACUACGUUGGAAAAACCGAGAAACACGUUUCGCAGAAAGAUUACGCUCAAGGUUUUGGUGGCAAGUUCGGGGUCCAAGCGGAUCGCAUGGAUAAGUCUGCGGUGGGGCACGACUACGUAGCCAAAGUAGAGAAGCACGUUUCGCAAACCGACUACGCGCAGGGCUUCGGAGGCAAGUUCGGCGUCCAAACCGACAGGGUCGACAAGAGCGCGGCGGGUUGGGAGCACCGCGAGCAGGUCGAGAAACACCCGUCGCAGCGAGACUACGCGGUCGGGUUCGGAGGCAAGUUCGGGGUGCAGGCCGACCGCCAGGACGCCUCCGCGCUGGGCUGGGACCACAAGGAGGACGCGCAACAACAUCACUCGCAAAAAGACUACGCCAUCGGUUUCGGCGGGAAGUUCGGCGUGCAGACGGACCGACAGGACGCGUCGGCCGUCGGCUGGGACCACCAGGAGAAGACGCCCGCGCACGCCAGCCAGCUCGACCACAAAAAGGGCUUCGGCGGUAAGUUCGGCGUGCAGUCGGACCGCGUCGACAAGUCGGCGCACGCCUUCGGGGCCGCGGACAAGGUCGGCACCAACUACACGAGACCGAAGCCCGACAUCGGCGGGGCGAAGCCCUCGUCCAUACGUGCCAAGUUCGAAAACAUGGCCAAGGAAAAAGAAGAGGAGGCGCUGCAGUCGGUGCAGAGGAUCCGGCAGCAGAGGGAAAAGAUCGACAAGGACAUCUCGCUAAAGGAGAGAGAACGCGUAGCCAACAAACCCGAGUCUCCCGAACCUGAAGAGUUGCAGCCCGCGCCGGACGACACACCGACCAGCGUACUGCGAGCCACUCCACACUCCGCAGAGGUCAAAGAAAGAGAAGUCAAGAAAGAGAUUGUCCAAGAGGAGAUCCCAAGAGAAGAGGUAGCAAGAGAGGAAGAAAAUGUCACAGUUGGUAAUAAUGCAAGACAAGAGGAGAUUGUGAGGGAAGAGGAUGUGAAAGAAGAAACAAAGAACUUGCCCGAUGUCACCCUGGUGGGAGAAGCGAAGGAGGGGAAAGAAGAGAUGAACCGCCAGCCCACCAUUGUGGUGUCUCCGGUGGGGUGGGAGGGGGAGGACGAGGGCGGCGACGAGGAGGACGGCUACACCGCGAGGGCGCUGUACGACUACCAGGCCGCCGCGCCCGACGAGAUAUCCUUCGAUCCUGAUGACGUCAUCACCAACAUCGUCAUGAUCGACGAGGGUUGGUGGCAGGGAUUGUGCAAAGGCGCCUACGGUCUGUUCCCGGCUAACUACGUACAGUUACAAGAUAAAUAGAAAUUAAAUUU